AUGGCCCGUCUGAGCUUCCUGCUCCUGGGUGCCCUCUCCGCGCUCGGCAGCUUUGCCAACGCCAGCUCCGCCGUUAAGGACCUUCUCCCCACGAACUUUGACGAGGUCGUCUUGAAGUCCGGCAAGCCCGCUCUGGUUGAGUUCUUCGCUCCCUGGUGUGGUCACUGCAAGACCCUUGCCCCCGUCUACGAGGAGCUCGCUACCGCUUUCGCCUUCGCCGAGGAUAAGGUUACCGUUGCUAAGGUUGAUGCCGAUGCGAACCGUGAUCUUGGAAAGCGCUUCGGCGUUCAGGGUUUCCCCACCCUGAAGUGGUUCGAUGGAAAGAGUGAUAAGCCUGAGGAGUACAAGGGUGGUCGUGAUCUUGAGAGCUUGUCUUCAUGGAUCACUGACAAGACCGGUAUUAAGCCUCGUUCCGCGCAGAAGGAGGCCAGCAAGAUUGAGAUGCUGGAUGACGCUUCCUUCAAGUCCACCGUUGGUGGUGACAAGAACGUUCUGGUUGCCUUUACUGCGCCGUGGUGUGGCCACUGCAAGAACCUCGCUCCUGCCUGGGAAUCCCUCGCCGUUGACUUCGACCUUGAGUCUAACGUCGUGAUCGCUAAGGUUGAUGCCGAAGCUGAGAACUCUCGUGCUCUGACCAAGGAGCAGGGUGUCACCGGCUACCCUACCAUCAAGUUCUUCCCCGCUGGCUCCACCGAGGCCGAGAUCUACUCCGGCGCCCGCUCCGAGGAUGCUUUGAUCCAAUUCCUGAACACCAAGACUGGUACUCACCGUGUCGCUGGUGGUGGUCUGGACGCCCAGGCCGGUACCAUUGCUGCCCUUGACAAGCUGGUUAGCGAGUACGUGGCUGCUGCCAACUUCGAGUCGCUGGCUACCGAGGUCAAGAAGGCUGCCACCGGUCUGCAGGACAAGUACGCUGAGUACUACGUCAAGGUUGCUACCAAGCUGAGCGAGAACCAGGGCUACGUCUCCAAGGAGCUGGCUCGUCUGGUUAAGGUUCUGAGCAAGGGCAACUCCGCCCCGGAGAAGGUCGAUGACCUUGUCUCCCGAAGCAACAUCCUGCGUCGCUUCGCUGGCGAGGACCAGGAGAAGAAGGAUGAGCUGUAA